AUGGUAAAAGUAGGGGAAGUUAUUUUUUCUUUAAUUUUCAAACUUUUGGCUAUUAACUGGGUUAAAGUUGUUUUACCCACUCCUAAUUCUCCUUGGAGUAGCAAGAAAGUAUUAGGCUGUAAUUUGGUUUUGCCCAUCUAUAUACCAAAGGAUAUUACAGGAAAAGGAAACAAUAGAUUAGGUAACAAUAUGCCUCUGCUACCUUACAAAUACAUUAAAGAAAAAAUUUCUUUACCAAAAAUUACUCCACAGGAAUUAGCAGAAAAACUUAGUUAUUAUGGUCUAGAAACGGAAGUGGUUGAACAUGGGAGAGUGGAGAAUUUCAUUAACGUAGAAAUCAACAGCCAUAAUUGUCGAGAAUUUCAUUUGGGUCUAGUAGAGAAUAUUAGAGUUAAAGAAAUAGAUGCUGGUAAUUUGGUAAUGCUAGAAACUGGACAGCCAAUUCACAUUUUCGAUUAUGAUGCUUUGCCAGAAAGGAAGAUUAUCGUUUGUCAAACUCAGAGGAAAGAAGAAAUAGAAACGUUUCAGGGGCAAAAAUUAGCACUUAAUUCAGAAGAUAUAGUAGUAAGUUCAGGAGAAAAAAUUAUUAAUUUGGCAGGGAUUAUUGGAGUUAAAGGUUUUGCUAUAAAUUCACAAUCGAAAAAUAUUCUUAUUGAAUGCGCAGAUUUUAAUCCUAAAGUUAUUCAAAAAACUGCUAAGAGACUGAAUAUUUCGACUAUCGCUAGUCAAUUUUUUUGCCGGAAAGGUAAUUUUUUACCAUUAAAGCAGGUUUUACAAAGAGUAAUUUCUCUUAUUAUCGAAACUUACCAAGGAGAUUUAAGUUCUGGAACAAUUUUUUCUUAUCAGGAGGCAGAAAAAAUUCCGCUACAAUUAAAAUUCUCCUAUCAGAAAAAAGGAAAUGUUUAUUACGUCACUAUACCUUUAUCAAGACCGGAUAUUACUAUUGCAGAAGACUUAUUGGAAGAAUUGUUAAGAGUUUAUGAUUAUAACAAAGUAGUUACUCAGCGGAUAGAGCGUUUGCUUGCGGAGCAAAAGGAAAUGGUAAAAAAAAUAGAAAAUAUUUGCUUUGCUUUAAAAGAUCAGGAACAUAAUCCUAAAAUUAAGGAAGGAGAAUUAACCAUUCAAAGUUUAGAAAAAAAGAAGAUUAGUCAAGAAAAUUUUUUUUGGCUAGAAACUGAAAUGCGAGUGGAAGAAAUUAAGGAAGAUUUGUUUACUGAUAAGGGAGAAAAAGUAGUUAAGAAUGAAAGUAAUUUGCUUGAAGUAGAAAUAGAACCAAUGGAUUUUUACGAGGAAGGUUUAAUUGAUAAACUGAUAUUUCAAGGAGAAAAAAUUAACCAAUAUCGUGAUUUAAUUGUGAGAAAUCUCGGAAAAGAGUUUAAAAUGUCCAAUAGAUCGUUUAUUCUUGGUACUCCUAAGCAGCCAAUAAAUACUAAUAAAUGGAAAGAAGAAGAUAAAAUUGAGUUGUCUGAAAAGAAAAAAACCAAUGGCAGGCCAGAGAAGUCCAUUUCUGAAAUAGGAAGUUCCCUCGCUGGAUAUUACCAAGAAAAUAACAUCAAAUCAGCGAAGUUGUCAGAUGAAGACCAGAAAUUUUUAGACCUUGUUUUUAAUAGCGGUGAGAAGAAAUCUGAAAAAGAUUUUUCUAAUCGCCAAGAAAUAAUUUUAGAAGGGAGAAACAAAGUUAUCUGUAAAAAACGUAAUAAUAGCGGUUCGCUUUCUUUCGGCGGUGAUUUUACUCCCUUGGAAAACGGAGAACUUCCAGAAAUUCCCGAAGCCUCACGGACAAAGAUUAAUGGAGUAGAUAUUGGUAAAUUUUUCGAAAAAAUUGGUAAAAAUUCUAUUUCUAGGCAAGAAAUAGGCAUUAAUGAGACCGGAGUAGAUGACAACAAUUUCAAUUGA